AUGUCUCGAGCCGAUAUUCGCCUUGAUGGCAAAGUCGCCCUGAUCACUGGAGCUGGGCGUGGUCUUGGUGCCAUCAUGGCAAAGACCUUCGCUGAGCGUGGUGCCGAUGUUGCUAUCAAUUACGCAACGAGUGCCAAGCCCGCAAUGGCCGUGGUCCAGGAGAUUGAGAAAAUGGGUCGCAAGGCUAUAGCUAUCCAGGGAAGCGUAGAGAGCAAGGCCGAUAUUGACAACGUGUUUGCCAAAGCUGUCGAGCACUUUGGCAAGCUGGACAUCGUCGUCAACAACGCCGGAAUGGAAGCGUUCGCCAAGCCCGAAGAGGUUACGGAGGAGCUAUGGGACAAGGUCUUCAACAUCAACACCCGAGCUCAGUUCUUCGUGGGCGUGAAUGCGCUCAAGUACCUUGGCCGUGGUGGACGUAUCAUUUUCAUGUCUUCAAUCGCAGCUGCCAUGUCGGUACCUAACCAUGCUUUGUAUGCUGCAUCGAAAUCUGCCAAUGAGGGUCUUUGCAGAUCCUUCGCAGCCGAUGCCGGUCCCAAGGGUAUCACCGCCAACUGCAUCGCUCCAGGUGGUAUCAAGACCGACAUGUUCGAGCAGAAUGCUUGGCAUUACGCUCCGGGCGGAACACCAGAGACCCCCAUUUCCAGCAUCGAGGCCGGCAUCGCAAAAUUGGUUCCUCUAGGUCGUGUUGCCGUGCCAGCCGAUAUUGCUCGUGUUGUCAUGUUCUUGUCGCAUCCUGACAGCGAAUGGAUCAACGGUCAGAUCAUCCGCUUGACGGGAGGCGCUGCGAAUGCAUAG